ACUGAAUCUACUGUUGUAGGCCCGGGAGGUACCCGCAGCACCUGAAAUUACUGUGAUACCUGCCCAAAAAGGUGUAGAGGAUAUUGCAUUUUCUAUCCUGCAAAGGAAUGACAGACCGGUUGAUCCUGGCCCUCUGCCCGGUCUUGCAGGAUACCAAGAUGAUGAAGAAGAUGAACUUCAAUUAACAGAUUGGGACAAAUAUGCCUGUCUUCUUUGUAAGCGACAAUUUCAGACAAAAGACAAAUUAAUGAAACACAACACUGUCUCUGACCUUCACAAGCAAAAUCUGGAAACAUGGAAGCAAGCAAAAAUGGAACGAAGGUUAAGUGCUCCUGUUGGUCUCCAGUACAGAGAUAGAGCCAAGGAGAGAAGGAAUAAGUUUGGAGAUGAUGACAUUCCUCCUCCCAACAAGUUUAAGGAGAAGUAUAUGAAAGCUAUGGAUAAUAUUGCUGCAUCUACUGCAGCUGACACAACUGACAUGAAAAUUGGCGACGAUAAUGUUGGAAAUAAAAUGCUUCAGAAAAUGGGUUGGAAGGAAGGCCUAGGAUUGGGUAAAGCUAAUCAAGGAAGAACUGAUAUUGUUGAUACGAGUGAUGGAAGAACCAAUUCUGCAGGGUUGGGGGUGAAGCAGGUUGCACGCCGAACUAAUGAUGAUUAUAGAGAAACUGCUAAACGCACACUCUGGAGUAGAUAUACUGAGAGAGGAGAAGACAAUAAUGGUUAAUCAAUUACUUAGCAAAUCCCUGCUUAAUCAAUUAUUGAUUUUAUCCCUGUGAAAUCAAUUAUUGAUUAAUUCCUGUAUAAUCAAUUAUGGAUGAAAUCCAGCUGUAGUUUAUUAUUGAUCAAAUCCCUGCAGCUGUAAUCAACCUUGGAUCAUAUUCUUGUAAUCUACUGUUGAUUCUUGUAGUACAAGGUUAACUAUUUUUUUUGUGAAAUGAAUUAAAAAAUCUGAUUUAAAUAAAUCUUUUUUCCUGUUUA